GGCAACCUCAUAGCUCCUACAUACAGACCACAUUUAUAAACAAGCGGAGCACCUUCUCCGGUUAGCUAACGCUAGGCUAACCAACUUUAUCUUUCAGUCAAACAGUUCAUCUGGGUCAACCAUUCCCUUUGAAGAGCUCCCCUUCAAUCCAGGCCAUGACCUGACCAAUGGACCUCUGUAGUGUCUGCUGAGUUAGGGGGUCUCGUUUGGAUGCAGAUCAUGAAUGACAAACUAGUCUUCCUGGGGCUGCUGUACUUUGUCCAGGGCAUCCCCUAUGGUCUCCAGUCCUCCCUGCUUCCUAUCUACCUGCGUGGAGCUGGUCACUCCCUCACCCGCAUCGGCUUCACCAAGAUCCUCUACUUCCCAUGGGUCCUCAAGGUGCUCUGGGCCCCUUUGGUGGACCGGGUCGGCUCCAAGCGCCGCUGGCUGGUGGGGACAGUGUCUGGGCUGGCUCUGACAUGCCUCACCAGUGCAGCCCUGGCACCAGAAGCACAUAUCUGGGGAGUAGCAGGAACCCUCUUGGCCAUGAACUCCUUGGCCUCUCUCCAGGAUAUCGCUGUAGACGGGGCCGCAGUGGGGUUGUUGAAAGGUCGUGGGGAGCUGGGGCUCGGCAACACAGCCCAAGUCGUGGGCUAUAAAGCUGGAUCGGUGUUUGCCGGAGGUGGGCUGCUGGCUGUGAUUGACGUGGCUGGAUGGAGCUGGAUGUUCAUGCUGCUGACGUUUGUGUAUGCCGGCGUGGCUCUGUUUGUGUGGGGGGCGCCUGUGCUGGACGAUGAGGCUGUGAGGGGCCAGCAGGCGGAUGGCAGCAGGAGGACAGGGCAGGCCGCAGACUCUAUGUGGCCAUGGAAGGUGUGGAGAAGGAUGCUGGCGGUGCCCGGCACCCCCUGGACCGUCCUGUAUGUGCUGACAUACAAACUAG